AUGAAGUUCCACUAUCUUUCAUUUUUCCUUUUUGUGUUCAUCUUAGAAUUAAGCACCAAUGUCUAUGGUUUUUCAUCACCAAAAAAGUCUGUGAAACCUUUACUCCCUGCUGAAGCUUUGCUUUCUAUUAGUCACUAUCAUUCAACAUGUCCAGAUGCUGAAGGCAUUAUCUCACAAAAAGUUGCUGCUUGGGUUAACAAGGACCCUACUUUGGCCCCAUCCAUCAUUCGCUUGCAUUUCCAUGAUUGCGCCGUUAGAGGGUGUGAUGCAUCAAUUUUGCUUAACCACAAAGGGAGUGAGAGAACUGCAUUUGAGAGUAAAACCUUGAGAGGUUUCGGAAUGAUUGAUGAAAUCAAGACUGAACUAGAGAAAAGAUGUCCGAGAACAGUCUCAUGUGCUGACAUUCUCACUGCUGCUGCAAGAGAUGCAACAAUUUUAGCAGGAGGGCCAUUUUGGGAAGUUCCAUUUGGCCGAAAAGACGGCAAAAUCUCAUUAACAAAAGAAGCAAAUUUGGUUCCACAAGGACAUGAAAACAUCACAGGUUUACUUGCAUUUUUCCAAGAAAGAGGACUUGACAUGCUUGAUUUGGUUACUCUAUCAGGCUCACACACAAUUGGUAGAAGCACUUGUUAUUCUAUUAUGAAUAGGAUUUACAAUUUCAAUGGAACUGGUAAACCUGAUCCUUCACUUAGUGUCUAUUACUUGAAGUUGUUAAGGAAAAGAUGCAAAAAGGAUUUGGAUUUGGUGCAUCUUGAUGUUAUAACACCAAGGACUUUUGACACAACAUAUUACAAGAAUCUUGUGAGGAAAGUUGGUUUGUUAUCAACAGAUCAAUUGUUGUUUUCAGAUGCAAGGACAGGUCCUUUUGUGGAAGCAUUUGCAACACAACCUUUUCUUUUUGAUAGUCAAUUUUCUGUGUCAAUGGUGAAGCUUGGGAAUGUUCAAGUUUUGACUAGGCCUAAUGAAGGUGAAAUCAGAGUGAAUUGCAAUUAUGUUAAUCAUGUUUGA